AUGCCCCAAUACUACAAAACCAUCCCCUCAAACCUCAAAACCUGGGCCCUCUCUCAACCUCUCUUCUUCACUGCUAGUGCCCCCCUCAAAGGUUCUCAUAUAAACAUUUCCCCAAAGGGUCUUCCAACAUCUUCUCUCGCCAUCCCGACUGAAUCCACACUUCUCUACCUUGACUCUACGGGAUCCGGUUGCGAAACCAUUUCCCAUCUCUACGAAAAUGGUCGAAUUACCAUAAUGCUCUGCUCAUUCGAUCAAAGUCCUCGCAUUCUUCGGUUUUUCUGUCGUGGUCGGGUUGUAGAACACGGAACUGCGGAGUAUAAUUUACUCCUCCCGAGUCUUGGCACUGGGGAAAAGAGCAAUGGAAAGGGGAUACCCACUGCGAGAGCUAUCAUCUAUUGCGAUGUAUUUAAAGUACAAACAUCAUGUGGUUAUGGUGUCCCUCUCUUUCUGGAAGGUAAAUGGGAGGAUAGGGAUACUUUAAAUAAUUGGGGUCAGAAGCAGGUGGACAAUGGAAAGCUGGGAGAGUACCAAGUGAACAACAACGUGAGGAGUCUGGACGGACUACCCGGGCUAAGAAAUGCAAGGAGGAUGAAAGGAGAAUGGACAAGGACGGUGGAAGGGUGGGUGGUGCUCUUAAGGGUUUGGGGAUAUCUCGCCUGUUUUCUAAUGGGAUUGUUCUUGGGUAUUUUAGUUGUAGGAACCACCUCAGGCGGUCUAGGAGAAAUCCUCUGGAAGCUAGAUGGAAAGGGAUUUGCUGCCGACUGGUGA